AUGUCAAGCGUGCCAUCCCUGCCAUCCGUUUUGUCUGCUGCGGCAAUCGGCAUUGGAGUGUCCUUUGCUUUGUACAUAUUCCGCCGACCACGAAUCCGGAUCGCAAAAUCCGUCUACCUGCAAGGAAUGGGUGACCUGAAGGUCAUAAAGCAGACAGUAGGCAACAAGAUUCAUGUGACGCUGGACUUUGGCGUCCCCAAGCUUCCAUUUUGUUCGGCAGUGGUGACAGCUGCCGGAACUAUCUACGUCUCAGGGGCUGUUGGUGCCAAAAUGGAUGGAGGCAGGCUUAUGGUUGUUCCAGGUGGCCCCCAGCAGGAGGCACUUCAGACCAUGCGGACCAUCGAAGCCUGCCUCAAGGCCUGUGGUGCUGGCCUGGAGCAUGUGACCAUGGUGCAUGCAUACCUGGUCAACUACUCCUUUGAGCGCUUCGAUUCAAUGAAUAAAGGAUAUUUGGAGGCUUGGGGAUCUCGGCCGCUUCCUUCGCGCAUUUGCACUGGAACGGACCAUGUGGGCCUGGGCGGUGCAGUGGAAAUGGACGCAAUUGCGCAGCUCUGA